AUGGCUGCACAAACACCAGACUCUGAUCAGAUAAAACAGUUUAGGGAAUUCCUUGGAACCUACAAUAAACUUACAGAAACCUGCUUUUUGGACUGUGUAAAAGACUUCACGACAAAAGAAGUAAAACCGGAAGAGAUCACCUGUUCAGAACAUUGCUUACAGAAAUAUUUGAAAAUGACACAAAGAAUAUCCAUGAGAUUUCAGGAAUAUCAUAUUUAG